UGUGUAAGUACUAUAUGACUCAUGGGAGAAGAAUUGUUAUCAAAUGUAUGUUUCUUUAAAAGUUUUGGUAAAAGAUAAUAAUUUAUAAGGUUUUUCUACAUGUUAAACCAUUAUAAGCCAUGUUUUGCUCAUGCCACACUUUCUUGACUGGGCAAAAAUAGUGGGGCUCUACUGACUUCCCUGCUUAAUGUUUCCAAUACUUUUAAGUAUAAACUGUGUUAGGUGGAAGAAAUAAUACAAAUCUGCAAAGAUUUUUCAUGUUGUUCAUGUAUUAAAGUUGCAUACAUAUGCAUGGGAAGGAUGUAUAUGGGCAGUGAUACCACAGAACAGUAUUAACCAUUCCAGCUGUUGCAGAGUUGCCUAGAAAUUGGAUCUGCAUGAGGUUGUGUUCUGGUAAGUUAGAUUCCCAAGAACCUGGGCAUUUAAUCAUUUAAAAUAUUACUUCCCCAAAUGCACAUCCAUAAAUUCCAUCCUAUCUUUCAACUGCAGAAAUUUCUGAGAUCUGUGGGUACCCCAGAGUUCUGCUGCCAUUCACAGACAGAAUUAGCCAUUUCUUGAUUGUGCUGAGUUGCCUGGUACCUGUGCUGUUCCCAAAAUGCUGCAGGAUUCAGAAACAAGGUAUUUUACCUACUGGGUUCUUUCUAACCCACACUUAAUAUCGGUGCUUUUAAACUGCCUGAUUUAACUACAGAAGGAAAUAAUUUCAACUGCUGGUCUUAGAGGCAAAAGAGACCAUAUGCUCACAGAAACAUUGAAGGUACACACAGCUAGAAAAUGAUAUUAAGGUAAGGUAGGUAAAUCACAUACAGAGAGGGGAAGCAAAGAUUAGAAUUCUGAUUAUCAGGACAGACUAUCUGGAAGGUACUGUGCUUCCCUAAUCAACAAGAACAACUUUCCUUCUACAAAAGCCACUGGUCAGUCACAUGCCUUUUUCGCUUUAAAACAAGAAAAAAAAAUAUUGCUACAAUAACACUUAGAAUCACCAAAAGUUUCUUUUAAUUUUUAUACAUUUUGUAUGUGUCUAUAAAUCUGGAGUUAUUUGCUAGUUCUAGAUUGUUAUUUCUUCAACUUGGGCUUUUUAUUAUAAAAGAAAAAGAAAUUUCUCAACUCUUAAAAUUGUUCUCAGUAUUUGCAUAACAGGUGUGUAAGCAAAACUAAAAGACUCAUUCGUGCCCUCAUUAUCCAGUCUCUGCUUCAGUGGUGUCAUUUAACAAACACAACACUAUAUAAAGGGGACUUGCAUGAAUUGCUCUUUCAUUUCACUUUGAAGCAGAAGGCUGGCCUGAGCAACCAUGUUGUCUUACUCAUCUUACGUGCUCACAGCAGUAGCUGCUUUGCUAGUGACUUGCCAUGCACUGCGGAAAUUUCCAGAAGCUCCCAGGCUAGCUGGUAUCUUUGGACUGCCUGGAAGGGAUGAUCUGAGAGGGCAGCCACCUCUAUCAGGUCUCAUAGGACCUUCUGGAAACCUGAUUUUGCCUCUUAGAAAUGGUCUUCCUUGUGUACAUGGUCUGCCAAAUUCUCUGGACACUGAGCUCUAUGAUACUUUACUACAUUUGGGAAAACGACUUUCCAGACUUGAAGGAGUGCUUGCUUUGAAUGGGAAAAUAACAGAAGCAGGAGAGAAAAUACUUGCAAGCAAUGGGAAAGAAGUUGAUUUUGCAUCUGCACUAGAAUCCUGUGAAAAGGCUGGAGGAACUCUUGCGACUCCCAUGAAUGAGGAGGAGAAUAACGCUGUUUUGAGUAUUGUAAAACUGUAUAAUCGAUAUGCUUUCUUGGGCAUUAAGGAAGGUGACACUUCAGGUCAAUUUAAGUACAUAGAUGGCUCACCUCUGAAUUAUACCAAGUGGCACCAGUAUGAGCCUAAUGGCAAAGGGAGAGAAAAAUGUGUAGAGAUGUACACUGAUGGGAGCUGGAAUGACAAAAGAUGCAACCUGCAUCGUCUCACAAUCUGUGAAUUUUAAAGAAUGGCCUUUUAACAACAUUAGAGUAUAAAGACAACGAAAUAUCCAGUGUUGAAGAUGUAUGCAUUUUCUGUAAUUAGUCUAUGUCAGAAAAUCUAGAAUCAAUCAUAUUAUGGUAUUCCAAGAUUCUGUGAUUCUAUUUUUGAUCCUUAAGAAAAUGGCAAAUGUGGUAGGUGAUUAACUUAAUUAAAACAUGCUUAAUCUGAUGUGUUUCUCUCUUUUUGGAGGGUUAGGAAUAGUUCAGAAUUGAUUUUUCAUGGCAGACUCUCUUUGUACUUUUGUAAAGAUUAGAGGAAAAUUCCAAGUUUUGACUUGGAAUGUUGUAGAAGUCUGAAGUUAAAAUUGUCUGUGGUUUCAUAAUGGAA